CCAAAAUGGCGCCGUCCAAGAAGAAACAUGCCAAGAGCCCGGCGUGUAUCAUUCCAGGAGGUUUUGCGGUGCUGCCAUUACAGUUCAGUUCCGACAGCACCGCACGACACAGCCUUUAUGUGAAAGAGCACAAAGUACGAGCAGAGACGAGUUCUCACAGACCUCUGGACCGGACUUUGUUUGUGCUGAACAUCCCUCCGUACUGCUCAGAGGAGGUUGUCAAAGAGUUAUUCUCUCGGUUCGGCAGGGUUGACUCAGUGGAGCUGAGAGAUCACCCGGGAUCCUCUCAGGAAUCUGGACCCAAACUGUCCGAGUUCUUCAGACUACCUGGAAAAAAGGGUUUCCAUGUUGGUUACAUCGUGUUUAAAAAGGCCUCCAGUUUAACAGCAGUUAAAUCCCACCCACACGACGUACCUCUGGUGGUCUGCACGGAGCAGCGACCAGUUAAAACCGGAGUACAGAAAUGGAUCCAUCAGUACACAGAGUCUUUCAUUCACCCGGAGAAGCUGCAGCAGAUCGUCGACUCGUUUAUGGAAAACUACGACAAGCGUAAAGAACAGGAGGCCGAGCGUCAGAAGAAGGAGGCGAAGCAGCAGCAGGAGGAGGAAGAGGGCUGGGUGAAAGUCACUAGAGGGCACAAGGGCACCAAGGCCCGUCCUCACAGCGAGGCAGCCAACCAGAAGACUCUGAAGAAGGAGAUGAAGAAGAAAAAGAGGAAGGAGCUCAUGAACUUCUACACCUGGCAGCACAGAAACACACAGAAAGAACAUAUUGCUGAACUGAGGAAGAAGUUUGAGGAGGACAAACAGAGAAUAGCUCUGCUGAGGGCACAGAGGAAGUUCAAACCCUACUAAAACAACUUUUUUUUUCUUUGCUCAUUUCACUUCAUUUGUUUUUGUUGCAUUAUAAAACAUUUGUGUUAAUA